GAGUUAUACCAACAUGGCUGCCGGCUGAGCAUUCCCCCGACCGGACCUGCAGGCACGUUGGGGCGAGCCCAGCGAGAGGGGAGGCCGCGGGAGCCUCUCGCCCUUCUCCCCUCGGAGCGAAGCUCGCUCCAAACAAUACACCAAGGCCAUUUUUUCCCAGAUGCUACUAUGGCAAAUGAAGAAGAUGACCCAAUUAUACAGGAGAUUGACGUGUACCUGGCCAAAAGUCUGUCAGAGAAACUGUAUCUAUUCCAGUAUCCCAUUCGCCCAGCAUCCAUGACGUACGAUGACAUGACCCAUCUCUCCGCGAAGAUAAAGCCAAAGCAGCAAAAAGUUGAAUUGGAAAUGGCCAUUGAUACUUGGAGUCCCAACUACUGUCGAAGCAAAGGGGAGCAGAUCGCGCUCAACGUCGACGGCAUGUGCACAGACGACACGAACACGUAUUCCUCCAAAUUGAUGGACAAGCAAUCGUUUUGCUCUUCACAGACGACAGGCAAUGUUUCACGUUACGCUGCUGCUAUCUACAGAAAAGGUGAAAUUCACCUUACACCACUCCAUGGAAUUCUACAAAUGAGGCCAAGUUUCAGCUACUUGGAUAAAGCUGAUGCCAAAUACCGGGAGCGAGAAGCUGCUAAUGAUCCUGGUGAUUCUUCUCAGGAUGAAGCUGAAGAAGAUGUCAAGCAGAUCACGGUGAGGUUCUCCCGUCCGGAGUCAGAACAGGCCCGUCAGCGUCGGGUGCAGUCCUACGAGUUCUUGCAGAAAAGGCAAUCCGAGGAGCCCUGGGUCCACCUGCAUUACUACGGUUUAAGGGACAGCCGUUCCGAACAUGAACGCCAGUAUUUGUUUAGUCAAGGUCAUGGCAUGGCUGGGAACACUGAAUUAAUUAAAUCUCCAAGUGAAUACUUGAUGAUGCUGGUACCUCCGAGCAUGGAAGAAGAAAAGGACAAGCCUGUGGCCCCGAGCAACGUGCUGUCCAUGGCUCAGCUGAGGACCCUUCCCCUUACCGACCAGAUCAAGAUCUUGAUGAAAAAUGUGAAGGUCAUCGCCUUUGCAAACCUGAUGAGCCUCUUGGGUUCUGGGACCGAUCCGACGGCAGCCUUGCGGUGCAUCCAGCAGGUGGCGCUGUUGGUGCAGGGAAACUGGGUGGUGAAAAGUGAUGUCCUCUACCCAAAGGAUACCUCCAGCCCACACAGUGGAGUCCCGGCAGAAGUGCUUUGUAGGGGAAGAGAUUUUGUCAUGUGGAAGUUUACGCAGGACCGUUGGGUGGUACGGAAAGAAGUCGCUACGGUUACAAAACUUGGCCCAGAAGAUGUAAAAGACUUUUUGGAGCACAUGGCUUUCUUGAGGAUAAACAGAGGGUGGGAAUUCAAACUCCGCUAUGACGAGGAUUUUGUCCGGAAGCAUCCAGAUGUGGUCCAGAGGCAACAGAUGCUCUGGAUGGGCAUUCAGGCCAAGUUAGAGAAGGUCUACAACCUGGCAAAAGAAUACAUGGCACCAAAGAAACAAGCUGCACAAGCAGCUGCUCCGUUGCUGGUUACCGGAGAACAGAGGGUCAACCUGGCCAAAGCCAAAGUCAAGCAGAGCUAUGGACAGCUGGAGCAAGACUUCCAGAAGUGGAAAGUGGAGGCCAGAAUGAAUGAGUCCACCUCUCCCGCGGACCUUCUUGGAGUCCGGAUCAAGGAGGAGCCGGUGAGCGAUGAGGAGCCGAUGGACACCUCUGUUUGUCAUGGGUUCAAUAAUGGACUGGCCAACGGCACCCAUUCAGAAGAGAACUCAGCGGACUCCAUAAAUGGCCUCUUGCCAGUCCAGGAGAGGGUCACGCAAGAACUGAGAGCCUUCGUGGUGGCAACCUUUAAGAAACAGUAUGUUGUAACCCUGAACGAGCUUAAACGGUUAUUUAAUCUCCAUGUGGCAAGCCUGCCUCCCGGGAAUCUCUUGUUUAGUGGCAUUUCGGAUAAAAUGUUACAGGACGUGGUGUUGGAAAUGGGCUGCAAACAAAUAAUGGUGCCUUUCCCCCCGCAGACAACCGCAUUACCGGAUGAACAAAAGGUCUUUGCACUUUGGGAAGCCGGGGACACGUACGAUCAGCAUCGGCAAAUUUUGCUCGAAAUAUUUUCCAAAAACUACCGAGUGCGUAGAAAUGUCAUCCAGAAUCGGUUGGCCUGUGAAUAUGGAGAGGAUCUAGAUAAACAAAAGGUGGAUAAAAUCUUGAAGGACUGCUGUGUAAGCCAAGGUGGCAUGUGGUACCUUAAAGGAACAGUACAACAGCCAACAUCUUGACAAAAGGGAUUCCCUUUCAUAGAAUCAGGUUAACACCCGGACUGAAGGCAAAUUUUCAGGGCAGGAAAGUAAAUCAAAACGCCCUCCUUUCCCUUGGUCUGGGACUGCGCUUGAUCUCCUUAAGGCCCUGUGGACGGAGGAAGCAGUGUGUAUUUCCCUGCUCAACUCAUUUGCAUGGCAUCCAAAAUGCCACCCUUGGAGAAAAAAAUGGAUCUUUGCAAACCGUUAGAUUAAUUCGGGAUCCCUAAUAUAUUUUGCUUCUCAUUUUGAUUAUUAUAACAAAAAGAAAGAAACCUCAUACUUACCCAAAUGUUACAGAAGAUCAUGAUCUAAUAUUUUAUUUUGUAACUAAUGCCAAUAAAUUGCAAGUUUACACUUACAUCCCAGAUGUUUUUAAA